GAACGCGCCCAUUUUCAAGUCUGCGCAGUCGCAAUGACGAAGGCAUCGGAGAAACAGCGCCAUUUUUGCUUAGCUAGCGCCUCUGUCGGUGUCUGGCAUUGUGUUAGAAAUCUGAGUAAAAAUUACUUGCAAUAAUGAGGGUAAUUGUGAAAUUUUGGGGGGAAUAAGCCCAUAUAGUGCGCCGUUUGCACAAGGUGCAUUUGACCAGCUCAAGAUGUCCUCAGAGAUGCUCAGCGUUCCUCCUGGCACGAGCAAGCUCGAUGUGUUGGUGACCAAACUGCAUGAAUUCUUGGCUCAUGCUCCAGAGGAUGAUGAGGACAGACUGGUGACAGAAAGUCCUGAUGGUAUGACAAACAAGGACUGUGUGGAGCCACACUCAACAGACCGAACCCCUCUUGAGACCUCAACAGACACCUUGAAGCAGUCUGGAUGUGGUUCCAGGAGAAAACCUUCAGUUGUGAUUAAACACAGUGGACUGGAUGAAUCUGGUGCUUCAAAUGAAAGUGAUGAUGAUGAUGAUGACGGCUUGAUCAUCAAUUCAAACGGUUAUCCUGAUGUAACAAGAUUACCUAAAGGCACUGUGCUGGUGAGGCCUGAGCCAGUGGAAAAUGUCAGAGAUGACUUCAGAGGUCCCGAAUUCCGUUGUGGAAAAUCUGGCAAUCUGAAGAGAGCUUUUUCUAGGAGACGUGGAGGUGGUGAACACUUGGAGAUUGUUAGCUGUACAGCCUGUGGCCAGCAAGUUAACCACUUCCAGAGGGACUCCUUCUAUCAGCAUCCAGUACUCAAAGUACUUAUUUGCAAGUCUUGUUUCAAGUAUUACUCAAGUGAUGACAUCAGCAAGGAUUGUGAUGGCAUGGAUGAACAGUGCAGAUGGUGUGCAGAGGGGGGAAACCUGAUAUGCUGCGACUUUUGCCCCAAUGCCUUCUGUAAGAAAUGCAUUUUGCGGAACCUGGGGCGAAAAGAGUUGUCUGGCAUCCUGGAUGAGGAGAGUAAGUGGUACUGCUACGUAUGUAGCCCAGAGCCUCUUCUGGACCUGGUUGUCGCUUGUGACAACGUCCUUGACAACUUGGGGCAUUUGUGGCCAGACCACCGCAAGAGGGGCAGGGGCGAGGGAAAAUCUGGACAUUAUGACUCCCAUCCAAGGCAUUCUCAAAACAUUCCCGUGGGUCAUUGGAACCAUAGUGGCAUGGAUGGUCACGUUGUGUUCAACUACAACACCCUUCAAAUUCCAGAGGAGAUGGCCAAAAAGGCUAAAAACCUGGUGGACUCUACAAACACUGUAAACACAACUUUUGUGAAGUUCAUUCAAGGUGGCAUGCAGCAGAAACAGACAACCGAGUUAAAGCUACAAUACCUGAAGACUUUCCAGUCAGUACUGAAGGGUCUGAAGAAGUCUCAGACGGCUCUGGAGGAAGCCCUUUUGGAGGAGUUCAGAGAGAUGGGUUUGCCAAAUGGUGGCGAAAACCCCACGUUUGAUGAUACUGAUGUACCUCAACAAGAACAAGAGGGUUGUGUGGAAAUUGACAUUUCUGAUAAGAAUGGCCUUCAUUACUUAAAGAAAAUUGCAGCUGAACAUUUGGAAGAGAAUGAUUCAGACUCAAAUGGCUUUAUGGAUGAUGGAAGGCCUUCGUCCUCAAUUGAAAUGAAAGGUGUCCUUGGCACAGAGAUAAUUCCCAGACGAGGUAGAGGCAGGCCGCGGAAAAACUCAAAGCCUGGAGAAGAUGCUUGCAACGUGACAAAACAACUGGUGGUGCAAAUUUCACCUGCCCCUGUUGAACAAGAGCCACUCUCUGGCCCCCCAGAGUUGGAGGUGGAAGUGGAGUUGGAGGCAGAGGAGGAAGAGGAAGAGAGAAAAGAAAAAGUGGAGGAACGGGAGGGAGACUGUGAAUCUAUUGAACUUGUAACAGAGGGGGAGUAUGAAUCUGCUGAGGGAAGCGAAUCUCUGGAACUGGAAGAGGAACCAGAUAACAGACGCUCACCUCGGGUAAAGACCACACCCUUGCGCAGGCCAGGUGAGGGCAAGACCCAGCCGACCCCCUCGGGUGCAGACAGUGAGAGUGACUCGGACCCAGACACCAGCCCCAAUGCUGAAGUGCCUCAAGGAGCUGAUGAGGAAGGGCUUGGGAGAGGAACUGAUGACUCUGACUCCGAUGAGGUCCCAGCUGUCCUCCAGCGGGCUGCCAUGACGCGUAGUUCAGACGAAGCCGAGAGUGACGAUGGAGACCAUCUGAGUGUGACCAAGAAAUGCCUCUUCGGCCUGAAGAAGAACACGCCCCUCUCUCCAGAAAGAGUUGUCCGCAAACGCAAGGUGCCAGACCGCUCCUCUGACUCUGAUUCCUCCAGUGACGAUCCGGACCUGCAGAAGGAGAUCAAGACUAUGACCAGGCCCAGGGGGAGGCCUCGGAAGGUUAAGAGAGAGGAUGAACCUACCCCCAGCAAGGAUAGUCCUCAACAUAGGCCCAGGGGCAGACCUCGGAAGGUCAAGAAAGAGGAUGAAUCUACAUCCAGCAAGGAGGGUAAUACCCAGGCAGCCAAGCCUCAAAGCACACCUCAAUCCGAGCAUAGAAUGAAGCAGACGCCAUCCUCUUCCAGUCAAGAAGAGGGGGACCUGGACUCUGAGUCUAGCGAUGUCAGUGGUGACCAGAAGAUCAAGCCUAUCACUGAGGAGGUGGCCUUACUGGGGGUAGCAGCUUUCCACCAGUCGUCCGGCGAUGAAGAGCAGCCCCAGUCUGGGCCUUCUUGGGCAGCAGAAGAUGAUGACGAUCCAGAAAAUAGAAUCGCUAAGAAAAUGCUCUUGGCCCAAAUCAAAGCCAACUACUCAUCGGGGGAGGAUUUCUCUUCAAACGUGGAGUCAUCACAUGAUGAUGAGUCUGACAGGGAAGAGAAGGAGCAAGAAGAUGGGAAAGAUGAAAGCUCCGAUGAGAAUGCCAAUCGGAGAACGAGGGCAAUGAACAGAUGCUCAAAAGCUCUACAUCAUCUACCUCUAGAGUCGAGAGGGAAUCAGUCCGUAGUUAUCUACAGAAGAAGCAGCAACCCUCAUAUAAUUGUGCUGUCUGACUCCAGUGUCGAUAAGAGUGACGAUGAAGAGAAGGACGGUGAGGAAGGGAACAACAAAGGUACACCUAAGGGCCGCAAGAAGAUCCGCAGGAUCAUCGUAGACGAGCACCUCCGAUCGGAGACCCAGAGAGCCCUGAAAGAGGAGGAGGAGAGACGCAGACGCCUGGCAGAAAGAGAGCAGAGGGAGGACUUCAGAGAGGUGAUUGCUUUUGAGGAUGAGGCUUCUCAUGUGGCCUGUCCCAUCACCACUAAGCUGGUCCUGGAUCAGGAUGAGGGGACAAAGGAGCCACUCAUCCAGGUGCACAGGAACCUGGUGACCAGGCUCAAGCCUCACCAGGUGGAUGGUUUGCAGUUUAUCUGGGACUGUUGUUGUGAGUCUGUGAAGAAGGCCAAUUCAACUGGAUCAGGCUGCUUACUGGCCCACUGCAUGGGCCUAGGAAAGACACUGCAGAUAAAAGGAAGCGAACAUGCUGCAGUCAAAGUCAUGAACUUCAGGACUGCCCUGGUGGUGUGUCCACUCAACAUCAUCCUCAACUUGGUCAACGAGUUUGAGAAGUGGCAAGUUGACAUGGGAGCUGACAAAGUCAAGGUGACAGAAUUGGCCACACUGAAGCGAGCACAGGAGUGUUAUAUUGCCCUGCAGAGAUGGCAGAUGGAUGGUGGUGUUAUGAUCAUGGGCUAUGAGAUGUACCGUAACCUCACACUAGGCCUCAAAGUCAUCCACGGAAAGUUCAAAAAGACCUUUGACAGUACUCUGGUCGAUCCAGGUCCAGACUUUGUGAUCUGGGACGAGGGUCACAUCCUGAAGAACGAGGCAUCCAACAUCUCUAAAGCUAUGAGUGCCAUUAAGACCAAAAGGAGGGUGGUGCUGACAGGCACACCACUGCAGAACAACCUCAAUGAGUACCACUGCAUGGUCAACUUCAUCAAGGAAAACCUUCUGGGCUCAAUCAAGGAGUUCCGGAACCGCUUUAUCAACCCCAUUGAAAACGGCCAGUGUGCAGACUCCACCCCCAGAGACGUCCGCUUCAUGAAGAAUCGCGCCCAUGUCCUUCAUGCAAUGUUGACAGGAUGUGUACAGAGAAGAGACUACUCAGCCUUGACCAAGUUCCUGCCCCCUAAACAUGAAUAUGUUAUAGCGGUGAGGGUGACCCCUCUCCAGUACAGACUGUAUUGCUACUACCUGGACAACUUCACUGGAGCUAGGUCUGUGGUUGAGGGAGCCAGGGGCAAAGCCGGAACUAGCCUUUUCAAGGACUUCCAGAUACUCAGCCGAAUCUGGAACCAUCCUUGGUGUCUGCAGCUCAACUAUAUCAGCAAAGAAAAUAAGGCCAUUUUGAUGGGAAGCACCAGGGGAAAACUGACAGAGAAGGAGAAUAAGGGGAAAGUGGUGAAUGCUGAUGAAGACAGCAAGGAUGUGGAGGUGAUCCUGGUGUGGAACAGCACAUCAAAGGGCGUCAAUGUGGAAGGAGACCAGCGAGCAGGUCCACUGGUUUCAGUUGUAAAAGCGUUGAGAUCGUCCACCAGUUUCAGGCCUGACAGUCCGGCUGCAGACUGGUACAAGUCAAUGCUGAGUGACUCUGACGCCACCAUCCUGGGACACUCAGGGAAGAUGGUGCUGCUGUUUGAAAUUCUCCAAAUGGCAGAGGAACUGGAAGACAAAAUGUUGGUGUUCAGUCAAUGCUUGAUCACAUUAGACAUGUUUGAAGAUUUCUUGGACCUCACCAAAAACAAAGCCAAAAACAACAGGCAAUCAUCCCUCUACAAAGGUAAUGGCAGCUGGAUCAGAAACACUGACUAUUACCGUAUUGACGGGUCCACCAGUGCCACAUCCAGGAUGAAAUGGGUGCAAGAUUUCAAUGAUGCCACCAACGAGCGGGGUCGUCUGUUUCUCAUCUCGACAAGAGCUGGGUCCCUUGGGAUCAACCUGGUAGCAGCUAACAGGGUCGUAGUUUUUGAUGCUUCGUGGAAUCCCUCCUAUGACAUCCAGAGCAUCUUCAGGGUGUACCGUUUUGGCCAGCUGAAGGCUGUGUUUGUCUACCGCUUCUUGGCUCAGGGCACUAUGGAGGAGAAGAUCUACGACCGGCAGGUGCCAAUCACAAUCACUGGCCAAUCACUGUCGUUCCGGGUGGUGGACCAGCAGCAGAUACAGAGACACUUCACACUGUUUGAACUGACGGAGCUCUACAUGUUUGAGCCAGACCUGCUGGAUGACCCCAACUCUGAGAAGAAGAGCAAGAGGACCACACCCCUGGUGCCCAAGGACAUGGUGCUGGCAGAGCUGCUGCAGAGCUGUAAAGGGCAGAUUGUGCUACACGAGUCCCUGCUGGACCACAAAGAGGAGGAGGAGCUCAGUGAGGCUGACCGCAAAACUGCCUGGGCUGAGUACGAGGCAGAGUGGCAAGAUAACCCAAGUCUAGAUGAGAAGCAGGUGAGAGCCCUGGCCCAGACCUGGAAAACCAGCAAUGACAAGGAGCGGGAGCGACGACAGGCCUUACAUCACAACCUCCUCACAAAACAACAAUCACUUACAAUGUGCAUCCAGACCAUUUUGGCCAGUAGAAAAAACGAAAUUACCCAUACUGCCACGGUCACCAAUCACACACCAGCUCUAACAGAUUCCGCCAAUAAACCUACACAGUGAGGCAGGAGGGAUGUCUCCAGUCUCAGUCCCCUGUUCCACUAGAGGACGCUCUAGUCUAACCACAGUAACUACAGAGGGUUCUUAGUGCUUAUUCCCCCCAAAGGGGUGACAGAUGGGUGACAAACAACAUUUCCGUUAAGGAUUUACUUUAUUUUACAUUGAAAAUGAAUGCAUGUUCUAUAGCAAAGAUAUAGUUCAGACACUACCACAGCCAUCAGAAGACUGAUUAAACAGGGUUCACUGGACUGAUGACAAGUAUGCAACAGAAUUGGACCACAGAAAGAGGUCUCACUGGAGGCACAGGUAAUAUGAGUUUGGAAUCAGAGGUGAGGAAUCUGACGUGCGAUUGUCCCAUUGACAGCUUCAAGCGCACCGUGUUUCCUGCUGCAUACCUGCUCUUCUUCUUCUUGGGCCUGAUAGCCAACAGUGCCUCCCUCUGGGUCUUUCUGAGCAUGUACAGGAGGAAGAGGAGUAUCACCACAGUCAACCUGUACAUGUUGAACCUGCUGUUGUCAGACCUCAUGCUGGUGUGCUCACUGCCACUCAGGGCAGCAUACUACCUGCUGGACUCCCAUUGGCCGUUUGGGGACAUCACCUGCCGCCUGGUCUCCUACGUAUUCUAUAUCAACAUGUAUGGCUCUGUCUACUUCCUGCUGGCCCUGAGUGUCCUCCGUUACCUGGCCGUAUCGCGCCCCUAUACGUUCAUGAAUCUGGAGGGGGGAUCCUGUGGUUGGGGAGGGUGUCUACUCAUCUGGAUCUUUGUGUCCCUGGCCUCCGCACCCCUACUGAGUUCUGGGACUGUCCAGGAGGGGGAAGAGCGGACCCGCUGUCUGGAAUUGGGCAGCAGCCUUGGCACCAUCAUCGUCCUGAACCGUGCUGCCCUGGUGGUUGGCUUCACCCUGCCCUUCACUGUCAUCUCUGUCUGCUACGCGUGUGUUCUGCUCAGCUUGAGGCAGUGUAGGGCUGGGGUGGAGGGGAUGAAGAGGCCCUCCAGGAGGAAGUCUUGUGCCCUCGUUAUCCUCGGUCUCGGCAUCUUCAUGAUCUGCUUCUUGCCCUAUCAUGUAGUACGAACCUUCUUCCUGGCAGCAGAGCGGAAUGCUCAGCUAAAUGGUUGUGUGGAUUCUUGCAGCUAUCUCCAAGGGAUUCGGAAGGCCGCCGUGGUAACGCUCUGUCUUGCAGCAGGGAACAGCUGCCUGGACCCCUUCCUUUUCUUCUUUGUGGGAGAAAACUUCAGAGAUUUCUGUAUGAAAAAUGGUAGGAGACAGAGGAGAGUUGUUAACAACACAGAGAGGCAGAGGCUUCAAGUGCUGCAGCCCAUUGAAUUAACAGUAAAUUGAUCAACUUUACACCUUUUUGGAAACAUACCAACAAUUUUGCAUUCAAUGUUUUUUUUUUACAUUUGCUUAUCUGGUAUUACAUUAUGAACUUUUGUUAUGGGUUGUGUCAGUCAUUUAUCUAUCUGCUUUAAAAUAAAUACAUUUCGAUAUGUAAAGAGUGAUCUCAA